ACCAACGUCAAAAUUUUAUGAUUUCAGUUCAAAUUUUACGAUUCAAAAUUUUUACAAGUUUUUCAUUUUUCAAUAUUCGACUAUGAACGGAUUUCUCAAUUACGCAAGACCGAAUUUAUCACUGAUCAGGAGAUUUGAAAAAUUGCCGCACGGUCUCACUGUCAAAUUCGUAUCGAAUUCAACUGUCAAAAACGAUGAGGGGUUCCUGUCAAGGUUCAAAAAAUUAUUCGGCCAAUCAUCCGCGCAUGUCGAGGAUUUCGGAAGAACGAAAAUUUGCCGGAGAGACUCGAGGACUUUUUCUCAUCGCCGUGAAAAGUGCUCCUUCGUUACGUACGGUGGAUUUUUGCGCUCCGCGAACUCGAACAUGAGAACCGUAGGAAUGUCCAAACGGCAGAUGUCAAUUUUGGGUUCCUUGAAGGCCGCGAUGGGCUUGAGCCCACGGAAUUCAAAACCCGUACCCAUCCGUGAACCGAACAUGCCGCAAAAACCGGUGGAUCAGAAAAAAGAGGAGAAACGAAAAAACGAGAAACCUGUCCUGCGGACUGAUCAAGCUGAAAACGCAGAGGAGGUAACGCACGUACGCUCGGCUAUGAUGGAUGAACAUGGGAAGGCCGUGACCGAAGAUAACUUUGUUCGCACGGAAUGGGGAGUAAGAAUAAAAGAUAAGGCGCGAAAAGUUGACCCCCAGGUAAGCGAUUCUAAAGCAGAUGUUAAAAAGCCAUUUUACUUUGAAAAAUCACUUUGGGGAGUCAACGUCAGACAGUUCAUGACCAGGGUCAAUGAACUACGUAAGGGAAAUGACCUUGGCUCAAAUCGAAGGCAACAAACUCCCGAAACUGCGCCCGGCGAUGAUUUAGACGUGAACGUUCUGUCGGCAAAAUCUGAAACCGGAGCCACCGAAACGGAUUUCGAAAGGUCAGCGGUGUCCUCGUAUCGAAAUAUACCCGAGGAGGUUAAUUUUGAGAGUAAUUCACCCGAUAUAAAACCAGGAGGUGAAACGAGCGCUUGGAAAGAGUUAACGGAGAAAAGUCUGAGCAGUUUAGAGCAACGGAAAACAGGAUCUUCCUUCGUCAAAGUGCCUGGGAUGUUUCUCCAACCGGAACCACCUGUUCCAAAAAAAGACGUGAAAUCAAUUCCUCCGAUUUGGAAUUUCGAGGCCGAACUCAACGAAGAAGAGAUGCGAGAGAAGCGGGCUGCUGCUCUCAAGAAAGUUGAUAGUCAGAAGACGUUAUUCGGAAGGCUGCUGAAAAAUCCGUUCCGGGUUGUUAAAAAGCCAUGAUUUUAGAAGAAAAAAAAACAAAAUAUGGCUGAAUCAAUCCGCGGAAACGUAUCUUCGGCACAUGCGAAGGAAUUACGUCCGGACCGAAAGGUCAGAGGGAAACUUUCCUGGGAAAACUGAACCCUUUGGCAAAAAGCUGCCGCCGAUUUGUGUGAGUAUUUACCCUGGGUCACCGGUAUCAUUCGGAUGUGUCGGUAGCGGGUUCCGUCAAAGCAUGAUCCUAUAACGUUGGUGUACCCGGAGUAAAUAGCCACCAUAUCUGAGGCGGUUGUUUGAAUUUUCGUAAUUAAACCGCUCCUACCCAGUAAUCCGGAACGUUAUAGCCUCAUGGACUCGA